ACCAGUAAAACAUGUAAACAAGGAAGUGACAGAUUUCGAAACCACAAAUCCUGAAUAUGUCUAAUCCGUUUUAUACGAGUUCUAAUCCCUUUGAGGAGGAGGACGAUGACGGCUUUAGUAGAAAAAGUCGCCCUAAAAAAAGUGAACUUUCACAUGAAGAACAAAUUCAAAGAAUGAUGAUGGAAAUUGACGAUUCAGAACAACGUCAGUUGGAAAGUACGAGAAGGGCUCUUGCCAGUAUCGAUGAUUCAGAAAGGACAGGGAUAGCCACAGCUGAGGAAUUACUUCACCAAAGAGAACAGCUCAAUAACAUUGAACAGAAGACUGGCAAAAUCAAUCAGGACCUUAAAACUUCUCAAAAACAUAUUACAAACAUUAAAAGUAUUUUUGGUGGUAUUAAAAAUUGGUGGAAUGGUGACAAGGAUAAGGCACCUCAAAAUAGUCAGCCAGAGCCAGGAAGCAGUAAGCUACAAACCACCAUAGAUAGUCAGUUUGCUUCACGGCCUCACCCGGGGCAGAGGUAUCGUACUGAUGACGGAAGAGGGUUUUACGAAGAUGAUUUGGAUGAUCAGUUUAUGAAAGGGUCAAGGAAUCCUCAGAGCAAAACUCAAUAUUUCAAACCAGUCACAAACAGCAGAAAAGAGCAAGCACUAAAUGAAAAUCUUGACAUGAUGUCCGAUGGUAUGGAACGCUUGAAGGGCCUCGCAAAGGGCCUCGGAAAUGAGAUAGAAUCACAGAAUACACAGUUGGACAGGAUCAAUACUGCUACUGAUAGAGCAGACAUAAAACUGAAAGAUCAAAACAGGCAGAUGAGGGGGAUUCUCAAAUGAUGGAAGAAUUAACUUUGAUCUCAGAUUAAUUGUUCUUAAAAAAGCCAUACCUACUAUAAAGGACGAGAAAUUUGUUCCCAUGCUUGAUGAAUGUGACAUUGAUAGCCAGGUGUAUAAUUUAUGAUGAAUCAAGUUUGAAAUAUCACAUAUACAUUGAUAAAAAUAUCAAGAGGAAUUAAAGAUGUUGGGAUUUUUUUUUUAAAAAAAUGUUAAAAUGGGGUGAUGUGUAGUCAUUGAAAAAUGCUUAGUAGGGGAUCUCAAAGAAUUAGUAGCUGCAGAUUUGUAACAAAGUGAAUACAGAUGUACAUAUCAACUAUAUCAACAAUCAGAUGCUGAGUGUUUCAUCUUGUUAAAGUUUGAACUUGGUUACUGUAAAAAUUGCCACUUAUAUCUGUGACCAGAUAUAUGUUAUUUCAAAUUGAUGCAGUUUAUAGGAUAUUUUACAGAAAUGAAUAUUUUCUAUGUAAUCAAGAUUCAAGGAUGUUAAACAAAGAGAUUAAUAUAUGAUGAAAUGUGACUUGCUAUUCUGUAUUGGAGUAUGAACAAUGUAUGCUCUGUUUUGGAUGUGUGUAGUCCCUAAUGUUACAGCUUUAGAUUUAAAUUGAAGAAAAAUAACUCGGAACAAUGAUAGAAGUAGUAAAUUAUUAUUUGUCUACUUAUGAGAAUGGUAAGACUUAAAAAAUAGACCUAAUAAAAUAAUUAUAGUGUGUUUGACACAAAAAAAUAAUUGUGAACAAUAAUAGUGAUAAAUACAAAAAAGACCUUAGGGAAUGAAUUUUUAUUGGCGGUAUUAUGCCACUGGAGUUAAUUUGGGCUGUGCUACAGAUGUUUAUAACUAAUCAGUUACGUAUAAAAACUUUAUCGUACAGGGUACCGUAUGUUUAGUUCUUGACCAAGUCGUUGAGUAUCAUAUUAUUUUGGAAAUGAGUUGUAAGUGCAUUUAGAAUUCUAAUGUUUUAUUGUCAGUCAAACAACGAAAGAAAUCGAGCAUUUUAUAUUCUGCAAUUAUGAAAGGGUUUUAUGUGCAGCCUAGUGAAAAUAUUUUAACAUGAAAUGUUGCCGUGUGACAUCAAGGUCAUCACUAUGUAGUUUAUAAUAUUUCUGUCAGCAUGUUAGAAUUAACUUGCUUCAAUAUUUAAAUAUUCGGGACUAAUGCUAAUAAAAACAUAUUUCAGGCCCCGUGUUCACAAAACAAUUUCAGUCUCAGCUGAGUUUGAUAACUUUAUUUGUCAUUUAUAUCUAAAUAGCAUGUUAAAAACUGAAUUUUAAGUUAAUAACUUCUUUUUAAGUGGCUAUUCAGUAGGAAUUUAAUCUUGAAGUUUUAGUAAAAUUGAUAUAAAUUUCAAACUCAAACUAAGCUAAGAGGGAAAAACGUUUUGUGAACGUGGGGCCAGAGUUUUUAGGUUAUUUGCAUUUGCUGAGUAGUACACAAGUUUUGAUAUAUAUGAGCCGUGCCAUGAGAAAACCAACAUAGUGGGUGUGCGACCAGCAUGGAUCCAGACCAGCCUGCGCAUCUGCGCAGUCUGGUCAGGAUCCAUGCUGUUCGCCAACAGUUUCUUUAAUUCCAAUAGGCUUUAAAAGCGAACAGCAUGGAGCCUGACCAGACUGCGCGGAUGCGCAGGCUGGUCUGGAUCCAUGCUGGUCGUAAACCCACUAUGUUGAUUUUCUAAUGGCACGGCUCAAUUAUGAUUGACAGAAUUUAAUUUAUAUAUGUUGAGGAUAUCAUAUAUCCUGUACAUUUAAUACUUCCUGAAGAUCUGAUCAGCAAGGUUGCUUAAAACUUAAUUGAUCUUUACAGGAAAAUACUUCAGAUAUCUAUUGUUUAAAUUGUAAUUGAAAGUCGUAUGCAUGUAGUCAGCAAUCAGUAUUUGUAAGUUAUUAAAUACGUGUUUAGAAAUAUGCAGGAUUUCUGCAGCAGAAAUAUUGCUUGUUUUUAGUGGCACAAUAUUAUUCCAGGAAAGAACACGUGCAUAUUUUGAUUUUAAUCUUAUAAUCAUUUUACUGUUACAUUCAAAUAAUACACAUACAAUUGUUAUAUAAAUUAUAUAAAAUUGUUCUUUUAGCCUUUGUAAAAUUGAAAAUGUCAUCUUUAAGGAACUUUUAUUUGUGACAACAUGCAUAAAACUGACGUCACAAAGGAUGUCACACACGCAAUUGGAAAUAUGGAAAAAUAUUGACGUUUCGGGUUCCAUUGUAAUUUUAAAAAAAAAACAUUUUGUGUUUAUAAUUGAGUAUGUAAUAAGAGUUGUUGUUGAUAAUACUAGCAUCUAUACCAUUUGGUUAUCAGGACUCUGUUAUAUGGAAGAUUAAAUACAUGCACAUUGUAUUCAAAUAGCUCCCUAUGAAUGUCAAAAUGCAGUAAAGUCAUAGAGUAAAUAAUGGCUGUAUUAUCUUCAUAAUGGCUGGGACCUUAUUACUAGAAAGGGAUUACUUGGUAUCAAUGUAGGAACUUGAUUACAUUAUAAAUUUGAACCAUUUAUAGUGGCAUCAAAUCCUCAUUCUUUUUAACAUGUGUAGUGAUCAUCUGCAAGUCAGUAAAUUUUGCUGUUAUUUAAAAGGUCAGUUUUAGAAAAUGUAUACUAUGAGCUGUCAAUUUUUACAAGUCUGCACCUCCCAAAUUAUGUCUACGACUUAAAAUUUCUCAGCUAUGCCCCAGUAUUGUACUGCUUCAUUUGCCAAAAGAAGUUUGAAUGAAAGUUAAAUUUUUAAACACAUAUUUUUGUGCUAUGAAAUGAAAGCUUUUUGUCCUGACUUCCUAGCUUUUCAGAAAAUUCAAAGUUUUGCAGAAUGUUGAAGCUGACCUUUUUCCAGAAGUUGGUUAUAUUUUGUAUAAUGAGUGGGACUUUAACAUGUACUGUACAUUACUGUGUAAUGCCGAGUCAAAAAAUUAUGGGGUCAAAGAAAACAUCAUAUAAUCAUUAAUAGUUUUGUAACAAAAGUUGAUAAAGUUGGAUAAUAUGGGUAUAAAUAUUUCUAGUAAAAUCUGCAUUGAAAACAUUUUUAAUGAAAGUGUUACCUGAGAAGAUUUAAGGGAAACUUAUUUGAAUGGAUGGAUAAUUAUGUUCAUUGCAAAGUAGACUUAAAUUAAGUUUAUACUCAUUUAUUUUAGCUUCAUUGUGAUGACAGCUUUCUAAGCAUAGUUUAAUAACGUGCCGUCUGCUUCCUGGAAAACCAGUAUAAUUGGUGUCAUGUUUUAAGGAUCCUGACCUAUGGGUGGAGCGGCUUUCACACCUGAAUUACUAGACCAGCACUUCAAUUUCACCCAUUUUGGAGACCAGAAAAUUUCAGUCUUGACCCUAUUUGUUUAUGGAUUGUUAUGAAAUGUUUAGCAAACAAGAAGCAUAAAAUUUCAUAUAAAUUAAUUUUUGAAAAUUGUUCAAGGGCCAAAAUUUUUAAACAUACAAAAACACAUUUUUGGUCUUAUAACUGACAUUUUCAGAAAUUCAAGAAAGAUCUUACUUCCACCCUUAGAGAAAUUGAAAAUGAUGGAUAAACGAAUCUUGCAUUAUAAAUCUGCAAUUCUCAAAGACUCCUGCUGUAGAUUUAGGGGAUCAAACAGUUAUGUGAACCGAGACUGAUUAUUCUUUUUGAAAUUAUUUCCCAGUCUGAUGGCUAUAGAAUGCAAGUUUUCAAUCGGAAAAUGGUUUCAAGUAAACAGUAUGUUAAGUGUAAGAUAUUUGUAGGUGCAUUCUUUGUUUUCCUGCUUUCAUUACUUUUAACUUUUACGAGUUAUAAAUGUGGGUAUGUGAUAUUUUUUGUGAUUUAUUUACGUCAUGACUGUUGUCCUUUGUUGUCAGUUAUUAUGAAAUAAAAUAAUACGAAUCUCUAAAA